CUUGAGUGUCGUCAACGCCUUAGGUCCGGCGUCAGCGAAGGUCUCGGGGAAAGAGGCGGCGGGUGUGGAAGCUGGAGCUGUAAGGAUGGCCUGUACUGUGGCGACUGCGGCGCGGCUUGGGCUUGGGCUCUGGGGCGCGAGGACCAUGCAGGCCCGGAGCUAUAACUUGGACUCCCGUGAAGGCGGUGGCUCCAUCCGCGACGCCGGCGGGGCCUUCGGCCGAAGGGAGAAGGCCGAGGAGGAGCGGUACUUCCGAGAGAAGAACAAAGAGCAACUGGCUGCCCUGAGGAAAUACCAUCAAGAAGAAAUUAGCCACCACGAGAAGGAGAUACAGCGUCUGCAGAAAGAAAUUGAGCGUCAUAAGGGCAAGAUUAAACACCUUAAACAUGAUGAUUAAACUAAUUGUCUUAUUGUUCAGUGGUCAGCCUUGGUCUAUAUAUGGCAUCAUUGACCACCAUUGUGUGCCCAAUGUGACAUACUCCCUACCUUGAUAGACUUUUUCCUGUAACCAAAUGGUAAUAAUAAAUUGUGGUGACUGAUUUUC